AUGCACGGCGUGCUGCAGCAGCAGCAGCUGCGGGUGUAUGCCAUUGUGGGGGGCCGGGUGUACAGACAGCCCCCGCUGCGCGACGUGCUGCUGCAGCGGCUGGCAGAAGCACUUUCGGACUUGUCCAUUUGUGCAGAUUUGCUGCUGCUGCAGCUUUGCUGCUGGACCCUCCCCUGCGGCUUCUCCUGGAGGGCCCCCCUCUCCCGCAAGAGGCUCCUCAUGGCCCAAGCAGCAGCAAACAAGUACUGCGCAGAGCUCCACCAGCAGCAGCAGCAGCAGCAGCAGCAGCAGGGGGAGCAGAUGGACAGCGAGGACGCAGCUGCCGCCAGCAGCCCCAGCAACAGCAGCAGCAGCAGCAGCAGCAGCAGCAGCAGCACUAGCAGCAACGCCAGCAGCAAUAGCAGCAAAAGCAGCAGCAGCAGCAGCAGAGUGAAGGUUGUGUAUCGGAGGCCUCUUUGUGCUGCUGCUGCUCGAGUUCUCGAAGAAGAAAGAAAGCGGCUGACUGCUGAGGCGCAGAAACACGAGGCACAGCGCGUGGCCCUGACGCGGCAGUGGGGAGAAGCAACAGCAGCAGCAGCAGCAGAGGCAGCGCAACUACAGCAGCAGCAGCAGGCCGUCAGCAAACUCAGGUCGCUGCUGCUGCAGGCAGCACCGAACCCUCACGAGGCUGCUGCGCUGCUGCAGCAGCUAAAGAUCACAGCCGACUCCCAGUAG